UAGAGCUGACAUACGAGGAGAGCCGAGCCGAGCCGAACCGAACCGAGCAGAGAGGAGUAAGAGAGGAUCGUUACCUACACGGAUCAUGUCUCUGCCAACUGUACGACAACUUUUUCUUUUGUGUUUUCUCUGGAUUCUUGGAUCUUGGAGCACAGCAGAUUCGAGACCCUUCAAUGGAUGGGACGAUGGCAUAGCAUUCAGAAAGGUUCGAGGCAUUCAAAGUGGUGAUAAUAGUGACGUCCUGUGGGGACAACAGAACGAGGAGCAGGCCCAGAAUGUUUUCAAAAGAUUCCUGUUUCAUUACUCUAAAGCUCGCAACUCCGUGGGCCCUCUGCAGCAGGUGGAGUCUCAGUCUGUUCAUCCUUUGAUGCGACUUUCCCCCAAGCUGGCCAAGAGGAAAAAUAAGAAGGUUCUACUUUUUAUUCGUGGUCUGCCGGAGGGGAUGUUGUAGGAGAAGAGUCUACAAAACGAGACAAAAAUCAAGAUUAACAGGAGACCAGCAGGCAUCGACUGGUGGAGCAAAAACCCACAUGGACAAACAUGAUGUUUUUAUUUUUAAAACAGAAAACUUUAAACUAUUGUCCUGAUGGAAAAAUAGAAGUGCACUGCCAUGGCUGCCAUGCAUCUUCCUGCUUCCAAAGUUAAUGUGAACUAGAGCCGAUUUAUCGGCCGA